UAUACUGGAAAACCAUAUCAACUAAUAAAAAUGUUAUUUCAUUUAGUCCCGCCGACGCGAGUUCGUGGGGUUGAACGUUAUCCGCAUGUGCCUAUCCGUCGAAUGAAUGAAACAAAGCUAUCAAUUUAUAGUUUACUGCAAUGAAAGAAUAUCAAUUUCGUGUUAUUUUUAGAAAUUUAUUACUUGUUUACAUUACUUGCUUUUACAAUACCCGUUUCAGUAGAAGAAUAUAAAAAUAGACAUCGGAUUUCCCAUCUUUAUUUUCGAAACUUUCAUGUUUGUAAAUUACUGAUAUAUUGAGUAACGAUGACAAAUAGGUUAAACCCCUUUUCAUACUGAAACUUUAAUUAUUUCUGCCUUUUUUAAACUUCCGUGUAUAGAAAUUGAAGCUACGGAAUUGUAAAGUUCUCUUCAGUAUAAUUUUGUUACUGUACGCUGAAGUAUUAACAACAUGUAAUCCAACGUUUGUCGUGCGAAUUACAAGCUAGAAAUGUCUGAGCCUGAAAAAGACCCUUUGCAAGGCACGAACAUAACAGAACAGACAAGCCGCAACUGGGUACUAAUUCCGGAAAGGAUUACUAAACGUGUUUGCAUCAUAAGGUUAAUAGUUGUGGCAAGUCUUUUGCUCAUCGCGUUGGUCAUCGCGUUGGUCAUCGCGUUUUCUUUGGGGCACAAAGAUGAGACAAUUGCAGACAAUAACCAUGUAUAUCCGUCCAUGCACAAAGGAGACCAUAGUUCCGAAGGCUUUGGUGUUACAGAUGACUUAAUUAUCAACUCAAAUGUAUGCAGCAACGACAAGUGCAUUCUGUUCAAAACAAAUGUAAUUUCAGAAAAUAUUCCUUAUGGAUCGCUUUCCUGUGACGAAUCCAAUGGAAAUAUAAGAAACUCAUCUUGUUACCUCUGUAACAACACAUGUACAACAAUAGAUGACCUAAUUCAUAUGAAGAUGAUCAAUUGCAUAAACAGUUCACCGACAGAAAUUAACUGCUGCUUAAUUGCACAAAUGGCCAACUUGAACCGAAUGACUGAAGGAAAAUACAGAUGUUACAGUGCAUCUGUACACGAGAAAUACAAUAAGACGGUUGUACAACCUCUGUUGCAAUGUCCAUUUGGUUGGAAAGGAGAGCAGUGUCAAGAGCAAAAUACAGAACCAUUCGUUUGCAAGUGUUUCAAGUACAAGCAUAAGUUUAUUGACCAGGAAAAGUUGACUGAGUGUAACGAAAAACCAAAGACAAGAACAGAACGCAUCUCUACAUGUUUCAUGUCCAAGAAUAUAAAUGGUGUUCAGCACAAUUGUUUAUGCAGCAACACAAAGGUUGCAGAAGCAAAGAACCUGGACAGUUCUGAAAAUCAGGACACACAAGUAUAGCAGAGUAGUUGUUGGAAAGUUUGCCAUGCCUUGGAAUGAUAGGAUAGGAAAUUUGACAACACCCGAAAGCAUGACAAAGUUUAAUAUAUUUGCCUAAACAUGAAUUUAUUAUAAAUUUCCUUAUUAUUCUUUCUAUAAGGUUUGCCUUCGUCAAAAUUUUACGGGCGUUUUGGAGUAACAAUUCGAAGAUGUAUCAGAGUUUUUAAAAGUGCAUUCAUUUCGUGGAGACAAUAGGUUUAGAUAGAUACUCCUGUUCAUUUUUUGUAAAUGGAAACGGCAUUUAUCUCUAAUAACAUUUACUUGAAAUGCAUUUUAUGACUUUGCAUUUACGUUACUUUUUUAUUUUGGAGAAACUUUUAAACUUAUUUCACGUAGAUUUUUAGAAAAAGCACUUUCAUAUUUUCAAUAUAUCACUAGAUUUUAUUCAUUUAGUGAGCAAUUUAUUUCUGCAGUUACGAGCUAUAUGAUUAAAGUUUGUUUUAUUUGUCUAAAACUUUGAAAAAUCGUUCCAAACCGUCAAGAUUUAUAUUGAAGGAAUCUGCAGAAACCUCGAAAAAUGACAAAAGGUUACUGUUAUAACGAUAAACAUAGUACAAGAGACUUGGUAAAAAUCUCACCGCAAAUGGCGAUAUCUAUUUCGAAACAGAAUUUUAAAAAAAUGCAAUUAUUGAGUGUUUUCCACCUGUCAGUCACAUGACAAAUAACAACAUAAUAUGUGUAUAACGCUUGCCAAUUUAAAUGACAUAUAUUAACGUUUAACUGCACUAAUAAGCUAAUUUAAAAAAUCUUAAACGACUUAUUCUCAUGGAUUGAUAUUGACCAAACUUGGUCAAUAGCAAGGGCAAAAGGUCAUGGUCCUCCUCAGGUGAGCGAUUAAGGCUAUUUUGUCAUCUUGCUGUGUAUAACUAUUUACAAAAAGUGAUACAUUUUUAAUUUGCAAUGUCUAUCACUCGUUGUCUCGAAGUAUUUUAGCUCACAUGAGCAUAUAGUCCUCAUGGCGAGCUAUUGUGGUCACACUGUGUUCGUUGUAUGUACAUGCGUCCGUCUGUCCGUCAAGUUGCCCUUCCGUCGUCAAUAUUAAUGUUUAAACGACAUCUCCUCCAAAACAAAUAAAUGAAUUUUGAUGAAACUUGGCCAAUAUGUUCAUUGGGUGGUUCAAACUAUUUCGCUCGGUUGCACAAAGAGACUGCCACAGCUAAAAAAUGAAAAAAAAAUCUUCACACAAUAUCUCCUCCUAGAAUAAUUUCAAACAAAUGAUCCUUAUGUCACUCUCUACCAAUAUUGUUCAAAUUAUACAAAUUCGUCAAAAAAAACAACAUGGUAGCUGGAGGGUGUGAUCACUUUUCCCUACAUGUAUAUAUAGUGGAAAAAUGUUCUUGUAUGAAACUGCUCGACCGAUUUUAGAAUAAUUUUACGCAUAUGGUCCUUGCGUGGCUCUCUGCCAAUAUUGUUCAAAUUAUUUGGAUUUGUCUAAAAGCAUGGCCGCCAAAGGGCGUGGUCACUUUUCCCUAUAUGUGUAAAGUGGAAACAUUAAAUUCUUCUUUUGUGAAACUGCUUGUCCGAUUUUAGAAUAAUUUUACACAGAUUGUCCUUGUGUGACCCACUACCCAGAUUGUACAAAUUAUUUUGUCUUGUCAAUAAACAUGGCCACCAGAGGACGUGGUCACUUUCCCGUAUAUGUAUUAAGUGGAGAUUUCAAAAAUCUUUUUGUGUGAAACUGCUGGCUUGAUUUUUGAAUGAUUUUACACAAAUCUUUCUUGUGUGACCCUUUACCAAAGUUGUUCACAUUAAUUUGAUUCGUCAAAAACAUGGCUGCAAGAAGGCGUAGUCACUUUUCCCUGUAUGUAUACCAUGAACAUUUUGAAAAUCUUCUUGUUUGAAACCGCAAGCCCGAUUUUCAAAUUAUUUUACACAAAUGGUUCUUGUGUGACCCUCUAACAAGAUUUUUCAAAGGGGAUGUGGUUACUUUUCAAUGAUAGCUAGAGCCUUGAUAUUUUGCGUGUGAUAUCAAAUUUGUAAUGUCUACCAUAAUUGUUCAAAUGUUUGCCCUAGGUUCAAAAGUGUGUGUAACAUGCAUAUCAUAUAGGCUAAACAUAGAAGACACCUAACUCUGUACUUACGCAAACACACUUGAAGCCUUGUACACAGAUGAGCGCUUAAGCAUCUAUGACCCUCUUGUUGCUAAUAUUUUGUUUGUGUUAUUCUCCAUGUUGCGAAUAACAAGUAUUUUUUCAUAUUUUUUGUUUGUUUUAUGUUUCUUUUUACGAGUUACAAAUAUUUCUAUGCAUAUGCUUUCUUUGUCUAUGCUUCAUGUUACGAAUUACAAAUAUCUUAACGCAAAAAAAAAAAACACUGUUAUAAGGUGUUACAACACUCUUAAAACUUAGGAGCGCGGCAUGUUCUCAAUCACAAAUCGUAUCUUCUCUGAAUCUAUUUACCCACUUUCAAGGAUUUUCUGUUUGCCAUAAUCGGAGAUAAUAUUUGAGCGUAAUAUCGUGUAUCCCAAGAUAUAUCGGACGACACGCAGAAUGCUGUUUUCAGUCAUGUUGGCUCAAUACAAGAUAAGAACUAUUUUAUGUCGUCUCCAUCGGUUUUAAAACCUUAGACGGUUUUUACUCCUUAAGUCUUGGCGAAAAUAUUUGCCGGAUUGUCAUAUGCAGAUGCAAGCUUGUUCUAAAAGUUAUCAAACGGAUAUCGAUAUUUCACAACAUUUCAAGUAAGUAAAGGUCAAUAAUUCUGUCCUAAUUCUGUCGAUUUUAACUGAAAUAUAACCUGUCAUGCAUUUUAUAAUAAUAUACCUUUUUACUUCAUAUGAAAUCAGUCCAUUCAUCUGUCAAGUUUUAUGAACUUACAACCAAAUGUUAAGUGAAAUGUCAUGUUAUCAUGUUUUUCUGCAGGAGCAUGAAUAGUUUGCAUCAGGAAGGAAAUGUGUCUGAUGUCCGGACUAGUAUUCUCGUUAAAGUGGUAUAAUUUUAUAAAGCCUGUACUGUAGAAGUCUACGUUCUAUGUAUCGUAUUACAGUUUCUUUUUACCACUAAGUGGAAAUAUCGAACAAGAAGUCUCAGUUAUUAUUAUGCAUAUUUUGUACCUGGUGUUUAAAAAGAUACGAUAAUGUACAUGUAUAUAUUGUUUAUUGUAUACCUUCUCCGAUGAACCAUAUCAUUGUAUGCAUUUGUUAAACACUGCCCUGCUAUGUAUUAUGUUUUGGUCUUCCUCAUGGGCUAUUUUGCCUUAUGGAACUUUGGAAAAUAAAACUAUCAAAACUAUA